UCUUGGACGAGAGGCGCAUCGCACCGUCGAUAGCCUUAUUAGCAUAGCCGAGCCGAGCACACGCCACGAAACACAUGCGUGGGCAACGAACAGUGAGGACACGCCGAACAAUACCGACAACUUUAAACGAUACAAUAAUGCUGAGCCGUCCACCCCGCGACUAGGCUGGCCGUGCAUCUCCGAGAGACGCUGAGGAGCUGGGGGAGACGGCGGGUAUCAUACCAUUUCAUUUCCACGUUUAGAUUUUGAUCCUGUCUCCCUCUCUGCCGUGUGUAUUUGGACAUGUCCUCGCUAAAUAUAGACGACGACCAGAGAUGGGUUCCUACACACGUCCAGGUCACCGUUCUGCGGGGCAGGGGCUUGCGUGCGAAGGGCAAACACGGCACCAGCGACGUCUACACCAUUAUCCAGGUGGGCAAGGAGAAAUACUCGACUUGUGUUGUGGAAAAGACCACUGCUCCCGAAUGGAAGGAGGAAUGUUCCUUCGAGUUGUUACCGGGUGUUCUGGAGCAGGUUGGGGACGGGGGCGCCUACCCCGCCGGGAGCAGCGACUUGGUCCUGACGGUGAUGCACCGGGCGCUUAUGGGACUGGACGUGUUUCUGGGCCAAGCCGUCAUCCCCCUGGAUAAGGUGUUUCAGGACAGAAUAUGCAUGAAAAACGAGUGGUACAAGCUGAACUCUAAGACUGGGAAGAAGGAGAAGGAGCGAGGGGACGUCCAGGUGACGGUGCAGUUCACCAAGAACAACCUCACAGCCAGCAUGUACGACCUCUCCCUGGGUAAGGACAAGCCCCGGUCCACCUUCGGCAAGAUCAAGGACCGCAUCAAAGGCAGGAGGAGGAGGAGCAAUGACUCUGAUGAAGACUCCGCCUCCGCCGUCGUGGGCGGCUACGGGCCUGUUUCCCGCAUGAGGAACCGGUUGCCGAGUGACGGCGGCGGGGAGGAAGACUAUGAGGAUGAUGAAGGAGGGGAGGGGCGGAGGAGUAAGAUGAGGAACUUCUUCCUGCGAGGGAAACUGAGGAAGUCGUCCGAUACGAGGUCGAGCACGUCGCUAGGGUCGGAGAGUAGUGAGUCGUCGUCGAGGGGAGGGAGUCUCAGUCCCACCGCUGGGAUCUCUGUGGUGGUGUCUGACUUGUCUAACUCGCCUAGCAACAGCAGCAACUUCACCGCAGACAGCCCUGAGCAUACGGCAGAGUCGUCUCCCAAGCUGGCCUCCUAUACAUGCGAGUUCACUGACGAGUCUGGAGAGAUCAACAUCCCUGUGCCUCAGCCUGUCUGCAUCAACGGAAGCCAUGUGUACAGCACGGCCCUGGACCCUGGCCCGGGGAACGGCCCGGGGAAUGGCCCGGGGAACCCCAUAAUACCCUUAGAUCCUCUAGCCCUGGUGAAGAACAACCUGCCUCUGUCCCAGUCCCUUCAGAACCUGAGCCAGCAGAGAGAGGAGCUCCCUGUCCUCCUCCCUAAAGGUCCCGCUGCGGACGGCCGGCGCUGGUCCUUUGACAAGGCAGGGAAGGAGGAGAAGGUGGCCAUCGCAGCGGCCCUGGAGCAGGCUGGCCACGGGAUGGGCGAGGAGGACAGGGAGGAGUCAGACAGAGACGGCCAGGGGAGGAAACGAAGCAGAAACUGUCUGGAUGAGUCUGAACAGGCCUCGGACUCUGGCCCAGGCGAAAAACACAAAGGAUGGUUUGGAUCAAAGGACAACCAGAACAAACCCAGUGAUCCAUCUUACUGUAUGUCCCUUUACAGUCCUCACCCAGUGAAGCCCCUGACCCCAGAGGAGAGGAGACGGGCGGAACGUUCCGAGGGGCGGACGGUGCUGGAGAAACUCAAGUCCUCCAUCCAGCCUGGGAGGAGCAGCCAGCCCAUCGAGCAGCAGCCUGAGAAGAAAAAAUCUCUGACGGCGGGAGCUGGGCCUUACUACCACCUGACCCACAGUGAGCUGGUCGCCCUCCUCCUCCGACAGGAGGCGGACCUACACCGGCAGAGGGCGGAGUUUGACCAACAGGGGGCGUUGCUAGCGAAGCGGGAGGCGGAGUUGAAGAAAAUGAAGCCUCAGGUUAGGGACCUGGAGGACUACAUAGACACCCUGCUGGUUCGCAUUAUGGAGCAGACUCCCACCAUCCUGCAGGUUGGCACCAAGCUCAAGUGACCGAGAGAGGGAUUGAUGGAAGGGGGGGGCGGUAACUAGCGCCUAGGGUUGUGACAUCCCAGGUUUUCCAGAAAUCCUGGUUGGAAGAUUCCCAGAAUCAGGAUGGAACAAGCAGGGAAUCUGGGAAUACUCUAACUGGGAUAUCUGGAAAACCUGAGAAUUUUGGUUGCCGGAAUUUUACAAACCCUGCUUGCACCCCUCUACUCUGACUCUCCGUAACGACAACAACAACAACAACAACAACAACAACAACAACAACAACAACAGUCUUCUUUUUAGUCUCUUCACUGCUGUCCUUCUGACAUAAACACUGUAGCUAGAGAACACAAAGGGGACGGCUUAGAAACGUCCCUGUUUUGAAUGGUUUGGGUUGCAGUUUAAGCAGUGGGUUCGAGUGGUGGGUUGUGGUUCGUAAGGUUAAUGUUAUCGUUAGGUCAGAGGUCGUGGGGUCGUGGGGUUAGGGAAGAGGGUCCUCAGGUUGUUUCAGGUAUACCCAGGUGGCAUUGAGCUAACAGAGGAUCAAACCCAGAUCACUCAGAUACUGAAUGACUUCCUCUUCAUCACCUAGGUUGCAUCCCAAAAUGGCACCCUAUUCCCUAUGUAGUGCACUACUUUUGACCAGGGACCAUAGGGAACCCC